AUGGGAACAACAUCUGAUCACUCCGAGGAAAUGAACAUUCUUGCUUACAACAAUCUGAGCUUAUGCAAAGCUGAUUAUUUUGAAACGUGUUGGUGUAAAUUGAAUCAAAGUGAAGUAACGACAUGCUCGUAUCUUUUACGUCACGUUGCUUCAUCAUCAAAUUUGACACAUUUUUGUGUUUAUCAUAACAUCCGCAAAAUCAUCGAAUGUUUCAAUUCCACAUCAAUCUUUUCGAAAUCUUCAGAUUCUGCUUCGAACAUAUACAUUUAUUUCACUAUUCUCCUAUUUAUCGUCGGAAUCAUCGGCAAUGGUCUGUCGAUCAUUGUCCUGUUCGAUAAAACACUUCGAUGUAUAAAUGUUUACAGAAAUUUGAUUAUCCUCUGUGCACUAAACAUCUUCUAUUUACUGGCGAUAUCCAGCCGACAUAUCAAUAUCUAUCAUCAAGAUUUACGUAAUAUCUCUCCGAAUGUUUGCCGUUGGCAUACAUUUAUCGUUGCUUUCACCGGACAUUUGUGUUCGUGGCAACUAGUGUCAACUAGUAUUCAACGUGUACAUGCUUCACUUAGUUUGCAGUUGCACCGAACAGCAUCGUGGAUACAAACAUUCGCGAUACUGUUCCUUUGCAUCGUAUUGCCGUUGCUCGUUUUCGAUGGUCAACUCGUAUUCAAGUAUGGAUUUUUAUCCAAACGUCACAUGUGUGACGAGAGCUCAAUAUUCAAAAUCAAGCAAUUUCAACGAGCAUUAGAUACUCCGAUCACGAUCCAGUCCGAACUAUUAAGGAAUGUCACAACUCGUUAUUACUCAACUGUGUUCCGCACACCGAAUCCGAAACCAUACGUUUGUGGCGUUUGUACCCUUUGGAAUAUCCUAGACACGUUUAUCUAUGCAAUCAUUCCGUUUCUACUGAUUUUAAUAAGUAGUAUCAUCAUUAUCAUCAAAAUAUGGCAACGACGUCGUUUAACGAUUAUGAUUGGUGGAGUACAUGAAAUAAACCCAAGGUUUAUAUCGACUCAAGAUAAACUAUCCAUACUUUUAAUUCUCAUUAAUUGUCUAUUUUUGAUUAUGACCGGCCCAUUCAAUACCCAUUUGAUUAUUCAGUCAACUUUGAAAUACUAUUUCUCCAAACCGUGCUCAAUAAAGACGAACAUACAAUUAAAUGAAUAUCUACGUAUACUUCAGAAUCUCUACCAUGCCUUGUCAUUUAUGUUUUAUUGUUUAAUCGGCAAUAAGUUUCGACGAGCAGCAUGCACGAUGUGUCAACGAUGUUACUGGAAACUUAUACAAUUUCUAUGUAGAUAUCAACGAGGUCAAGCAUCGUUCUUAUCAUGCUAUAUUAAGCGUGAUCAUUUGAAAAGUCGAGCAGUAUCGGAGUCGUUGUCAAAUGCCGGCAAUCAUAAACGUCUAUCGAAUUUCUUGCCAAUGAGUUUGAUGGGCAAGAAGAGCUCAUUUCUAGGCAUUUCAAGUGAACGAGCAAAUGAGGAGUCUGAUGCAUUUGUAAAGAAAUGA